GGCUCGCCACCACUCGACGCGUCUGCGAGUCUCUCUCCUGUCGUGGACACCCGAGUCACAGCCCAACGUUACACCGUGCAUCGCGUCAAUAGCGAGCUAGAGCCAUCCAGGUCGUCGCAUUCUACCCGUACCACGCUCCCCCUCGACUCUGCGCGCAGUCCCCGAUUUUCUACAGCAGAGUCUCAUCACUUCCCCUCUUAUAAUCCGCAUCAAUACUCGUUCCCCGCUCCUCCAGCCAACUUCACUACUCCUCAGUACGCAUCAUAUUCUCGACCUGGGUCAUCCUCGUCUGCUAUUCCCGAGUCGCACUCGCCCGUAAUGUCUUUCCGAUACUCACAAUCUCCAGAGCAAAUGAGGAUAUCCCCACUUCGAUCUCCUGUCAUUCCUUAUGCUCAGUUGCAGUCCCGCUCAAGCAUGUCCCCUACGCACGGAGCACGGGCAGAGGCAACGUCUCCUUCCAACUACUAUUACCCCCAAAGCCAAGCCGCUCGCGCACCCUUGUCGAUCCAGACUUAUGCGUCAUCCAGCCACGGAUUCUCUCUCGAGUCAGAGCGCACGGCGCCCAGUCCCUACGGUCAUGCUCACACAGUCCAGCAGCCCCAGUCUAAAUCCGUGUCUUCUUCUUAUCCUCCGACGUCAUCCCCAACGGUCUCGAAGGCGCAAGUACAAUCCCCGCUGUCUGGGUUAGAAGCACUUGUUCAGGCAGCCACAGAGGAACGGCGGCGGCUAAGCGGGGGUUCGGAACCGGGCGGGGUCAGUGCGAUGCGGAUGAGUUUGAGUCCUGUAGCCAACCGCUCCGCUGCUAAGGAGUACGCGGUGUACCAAGAGCCCCAAUUCCCUCAGAAUGAGCAGCCAUAUCGCCUCCAGUCCCCAGUACUUCCAGACUCCGUGCGUAAUGCAGGAUCUGAGCCUCCUCGAAAGAGACGACGAAGCUCAGGAUCUCCUGGUCAAGUACCCCAACAUUACACUGCGAAUGUGGAGCAAGCACCAUCCCCUCCGGUCGUCAGCGUUCCAGCACCAAGGCAGGCUCACUCUAUCUCACCAGAUAGACAUCCCCUUUCACCGGCACCUGCCCUAGACGAAGUACCUGAGUACGCUAUACGUCGGGCGGAGAUACCUGAAUCUUCAACGAGGAAUCGGGAUCCGCCACCCGGUGAUGCCGAACAAGACGCUCAUGAGUGGUUCAUGGAGCAGUAUGGAGCGUCGUCGCGGUCCUCAUCCUCGCCCUAUCCUUCUCCUCGCGGGAGCCCUGUCGCGUCGCGCCGAGGCAGGGACCGCAGUAUUGAAUCGGAGAUGCAGCAGCCCUUGCCCACACCCACUGAGUUUUCGGAGGUGGUCCCUGUUGACUCACCGAAGCCCCCUUCUAGGAAGUCUAGCCCGUCUACCCCAACGCGGGCCUUGGAGGAAGUGUUGGACGACGCGAUCUCUGUUAAAGAGGAGGCUGUGACUGUGGCCGAUACAGACGUGGAUAGAGAUAUUGAAGGUGCUCUUGGACUAGACGAGCCUGCCCCUGUUCCUGCGGUCAAUUCCUUCGAUGUUGAAGACGAGCUCCUGAGUUUAGUGGAUGAUCAUAAGGAUCAGAAACCCGCCUUGGCGCCUCGCUCUCCGGAAGCCCACCGUCGUAAACAGGACCAUUCACCCGCCCAGGCACCCUUCAAAGCACCUUCGACGCCGGCUCCAAGUCAUAAACGCAGCGCUUCUCGUAAUGCCCUGCCGAGUGCUCCCAUGCCCGAGCAUGAAUUAAUGCCUCCUCCAUCCAUCAUGCGUAGCUCAAGCGGCAGUAAAGAUAAGACCGCUGCUGCGGAUCGUUCGAAGUCUUCCAGCAAAAAAGAAGAGCCUGCGAAGAGCGAUGUCACGACAGGUCCCUCUCUGCAGGCGAAAAAGAAAUCUGCGUCCAAGCCAAAGGCCCCUCCAAAGCCGAAGAAGACUGCUUCUGGUACGAAAGCUAAGUCUAGAGUGAAAGCGCUUCAGGACGAGGACGCUUCCUCCGCACCUGCGAGAAGCAAAAAGGCUUCUCCCUCCACUGGUGGAGCCAAAAGUAGGGCGAAGUCUGGUUCCGUGGCUAGGUCAAGAUCUACUUCAGUUCUCCCCAUCCGACUGGGAUCGGCUGCGCCUGAUCCGGAGACCAUAAGGAAGGAGGAUGAGGACGUCCAAGAAGACGAGGAGGACCUUGCAGACAAAGCCGACGAUGACAAGCUCUAUUGUAUCUGUAAGACUAAGUACGACGAAGACAAAGUCAUGAUUGCAUGCGAUCGAUGCGACGAAUGGUACCAUACGCUAUGCGUUAAUAUGCCCGACUUAGAAAUCGAUCUCGUCGAUACCUUCAUUUGUCCCCCUUGCGUCGAGAACAAUCCUCAGCUCUCCCUUGAAACGACAUACAAACGACGUUGCUUCGCCGGGCUCCAGCAUCCCAGUCCCUCUUCUCCCAGCGCGUGUCAUAAGCCUGCCCGCGGCGCUUUAUCCAAGUACUGCUCUGACGAGUGCGGGGUGAAGUACAUGCAGCAGCGCAUAGAUGCAUGGACAGCCAAAGGAGGCAGUACGCGACUACUCUGGGAUUCGGUUAAGAAUGCAGAGAGGCGAGAGGGGGUGGUUGUUCAGGCGGACAGACUGAGCUUGUUGCAAUACGAUCCGACCGGCGCAUCCGUUCUGGCAGCCGAGUGCAGUGUUAAACAUGAUCGGGAAGUGGAACGCCUCCGGUCGCGACUGGACAGAGUGAUGAAGACCCGUGAGCAGCUAAAGAAAGAGAUGGAAGUGGUGAUAUGGCGUCAGAAGCUGGUUGAGCUUGCCUCAGAUAGGGCCAACAGGGUGGAUGAAUGUGGCUGGGACCAGCGACUCUGCUUCGACGAUGAGGAGUGGGCCGAGUUCGGUGCUGGGGUGCUGGAGAGCUACGAGGAAUCUCAAGAGGACGUGGAUCAAACUGUGAACGGCAUGCAGGUGGACGGACCUGUGGCCGAACACGGAGAGUGGUGGUGCAAAGGAAAGAAGAAGUGCGAUCGACACGCCGGGUGGCAGAAGCUCCGGAUUGCUGAGGUGGACUUCGAGAAGGAAACCAAAGAAGCGACCAUCGCAAAACUCACCACUCAGGAGCGAGAGCUCCGCAAGCGAAUCGAGGAUAUACUGGAGCCGAAAGACACGAAAAUGUCCAAGAUGCCCCUAAAACCAUCGAAUACAAAGCCUGCAGUCAAUGGCCAUUCUAGUGUGAAGGUUAAUGGAGAUGCUGGCCGGAAGGGCAAGAAAAGGAAAGCAGAAUUCGCAUAGACUCUUGUAAUUGUUAGGAUCCGUGAUAUCUACCGUCUUUUGCCUCGGCAAGUUCUGCACAAUGCUGUCCAUUCACGACCAUGUCUCCGCGAAGACAGCUUCAUUCUACAUGGGUUAAACAGAGAUAUGUCCUACCCUGUUAUAGCAUAUAUAUGGAGUUGAGGCGUAAUGAAUCUGCCAUGAAUAUCUCCAAGUUGAUGCCGAGUAGGGCAGUAUUAGCCGUCAGUAUCCGUCACCUUCGCCGCCCUCUUUACAGAAGCCCCUCUGCUCGUACAGCACAUUGGCCUUGUAUUCUUCCCGGUGCUUCUUUGCGGCGAUGUCCUCUUUGUGGUAUGGUUCGAGCGUAUUCCACUCAACCUGUCGCAAGGGCACAUCGUCUUCCUGAUCCAAAUCUAUUUCGCCAAGCAGAACUACGUUCUCCCCGCGAAUGAGGUAUAGUCCUUGCCACCUCUCCGCGAAGACAUCUGCAUGGUAUAUGCGUUCCACAGUAUCCUCGAGAACUAGGUUCGCAAACUGAUCAUAUGACCUUAGGACACCAAUUAACUUCCGGCCGUCUCUCAAUACCACCAUCAUCUUUCCUGUCCCAACCGAACGUGAACGGCAGCAAUAUCACGGUAGGCUCAGGUUUCUUGAGUGGUGGCACGGUUAGACUGUGGUAGACGUACUGUCCACACAAUCCACAAGAG